AUGCUUGAGCGCCUUGCCAAUCAUCAAUACUACUGUUUCUUGGAUGGAUACUCAGGAUUUUUCCAAAUUCCAAUCCACCCAGAUGAUCAGGAGAAGACUACAUUCACUUGUCCCUAUGGCACAUAUGCUUAUAGGAGAAUGCCUUUUGGAUUGUGCAAUGCUCCAGCUACAUUCCAAAGGUGUAUGAUGUCCAUAUUCACAGAUCUAAUAGAAGAGAUUAUGGAGGUUUUCAUGGAUGAUUUCUCAGUAUAUGGUUCUUCCUUUGAAUCAUGUUUGGGAAAUCUUGGAAGAGUGCUACAGAGAUGUGAAGACAAGCACCUAGUUCUAAAUUGGGAGAAGUGCCACUUUAUGGUUAGAGAUGGAAUAGUGCUUGGACAUAGAAUCUCAGAGAGGCAUAGAAAUAGCAAGGCCGCUAACACGCCUUUAUGCAAGGAUAUUAACUUUGAGUUCACAGAGGAGUGUCACAAGGCUUUCACUAAGAUCAAAGAUGCAUUGGUCAGUGCGCCAGUGGUUCAACCUCCAAACUGGGAACUACCUUUUGAGAUAAUGUGUGAUGCAAGUGAUUAUGCAGUAGGAGCAGUGCUUGGACAAAGAAAAGACAAGAAGCUACAUGUGAUCUACUAUGCCAGCAGAACACUUGAUGAGGCACAAUGCAAGUAUGCCACAACAGAAAAGGAGCUUCUAGCUAUUGUCUUUGCAUUUCGAUCAUACUUGGUGGGAUCGGUUAUAGUUCAUUCUGAUCAUGCAGCAUUAAGAAGAGGAGCAGAUAAUGGAGUAGCUGAUCAUCUUUCAAGGAUGAGAGUUGAAGAAAAUCUACCCCUUGAUGAUAGGCUACCUGAAGAAACAGUUUAUGCAGCUGAAGCAAGCAAUAAGCAUGGACAACUAGGCCAUCACAGGCCAGGAACAAAGAUCUCAUCAUCAAACACACCAUGGUUUCGCCACAUAGCAAACUUCCUUGCAGCUGAAUACCCACCACCAAACUUCUUUGGCUACAGAAAGAAGAAAUUUCUGCGUGAUGUAAGAAGGUAUUACUGGGAUGAACCUUACUUAUACAAGAAAUGUUCAGAUGGAAUGUUUAGAAGAUGCAUCCCUGAGGAAGAAGUAGAAGGAAUAUUGUUUGCUUGUCAUAGUUCUAGCUAUGCAGGGCACUUUGCCACUUACAAGACAGUAUCCAAGGUCUACAAGCUGGAUUUUGGUGGCCAACUAUGUUUAAGGAUGCUCAUGCAUUCAUAUCAAGAUGUGAUGCUUGCCAAAGAAUGGGAAAUAUAA